AUCAAAUAUGGAGUAAGGCUUUGGGUCAUUUAUCUUCUUUUUUUUUCGAUUAAGGAAUUAGUGAAUCUCUCCCUAGAGCUCCCUCUUCCAUCACCUCCGAAGCUCCAAAUGGCCUGUGGUCUUCCGCUUCUCAUCUGACGUCUCCUCUUCCCUCCAAUAAGUGGAAGAAGAUCUGAUGAGACAUAUUUGCUUGGAAUCAAAAGCUCUGAAUUCGACCCUGGAAUUCUCAUCACUAUUUUGCUAAGCAUAUAGCAAUGGAGGACAAUGGGAGUAACAAGGUGACCGGAAUCAGGCAGAUUGUUCGGUUGAAGGAAUUCCUUCAGAAGUGGCAAUCAGUCACUCUCAGCCCAAAAGGGAAUAAUAGUGUCCACCCCAAUCAAACGCCCGGGGGCAUUUCACCAGCAAUUAAUAUGAGGUUGAGGAACUCAAAUGUUAUCUCAGAUUCAGAUGAGGAUGGUUGCCACAGCCCUGAACCACCACCUGAUGUCCCCAAAGGGUAUUUGGCGGUUUAUGUAGGGUCAGAGCUUCGGAGGUUCAUCAUUCCCACCAGCUAUCUUACCCACCCGCUGUUCAAGGUGCUGUUGGAAAAGGUGGAAGAGGAGUUUGGAUUUGAUCACAGUGGUGGGCUCACAAUCCCAUGCGAGAUUGAGACCUUCAAGUACCUGAUGAAGUGCAUGGAGAGCCAUCCUGAGGCUCAACCUGAUGAAAACAAUACAUCUGGAGGAUCAUUAACCUUGGAAGAGUAAGUGCAGUGGGGUUCCCAAUGGUUCAAAUUUUGGAGCUAAUUCUUUUUCGGGUGUAAAGCAAGGCCUCCUCGUAUGAAUAUAUGAUGUGCAAACUUCUCCUCUGGUAAAGUGACAAACAAUAGGAAUUUUUGGUUAGUUCUUUAUUUCAAUUGUUUUGGGUAACUAAGGAUGGGAAGGGGUAAUUGCUAGCCCCUUCUCAUCUCUAUUGGGAUGUGAGCUGUAACUAAUGUUUGAUUGAAUUCAGAACAAACUUAUUAUUCACAGAUUAUAUCACAUUAACAUUUCAAAA